CAUUUUACAUAAAUAAUGGCUAAAAUAAUGGCAACAUUGCACAAAUAAAAAAGUUAGUCAACAUGGCGGCGCAAGAUGAAGUUGACGUAUGUGAAAGUUGGGAGGAUAUGGACGAAAUUGGCUUAGACCAGAAGAUCAAGCUCAUGUCAAGUGAGUGUGCGCCAGUGACAAGUCUAAAAGGGUGCAAGGUUACUGUUGAAGAAAACGCGUGCAUAGGAUCACAGUGCGUAAUGCCGGAGCCAGCUAUUCGUAUACUGAAGCGUCCGUCGUCUUCGGCGAGCGGGCAGCUCAAUGGUGAAAACCGCUCGAGGCCCGUGAAGACCUUCGAACAAAGACAGAAAGAAUAUGAAGAGGCUCGCCUUCGAAUACUUGGCGAAGCGCGAAGUCCAGAAGAUGUAAUUGACGACAACCUGAGCCGGUUGCAGGACAAACUUCAAGCUAACAAUCUCAAUGACAAUCAAAACAGUAACAGUGGUAGUGGUAAAACAAAAAACUGUCAUAAUGACAACGCUAAAGGGAAUAAGCAAGAACGUAAAGUACUUGCGAGGCUGCCACCGGGAGCUACCCCUGCUGGUGUCUUCCCCUCCCCUCCGCCUCGAGGAGUUCUCGUCAUAAGGACCCCUAGAGGUCCUGAUGGAACAAAGGGCUUUACAAGAAGGUAGCACCAACCAAUAUUGAUUAUUUUAUAAAUAUUUCAUUUAAUUUAAGUUCCAUCCAUUUGACUUCUCACAUUUGUCAAUAAUUUUACAUUGGUAUGAUUUUAUUUCACAAUUUAAAAUUUACAUGUUCACUUUUUGUUGAUUUGUUUUGCCAAAGUUGAAUGUUGGCUGACAUGAAAUUCUGUCUGUACACCCCAACAGUGGACAAAAACUUGAUACUUCAGCUAAGUCUUUAAAUGCUUGCAAAAUAUUAUUUUUGAAUGUCUGAUUUGUUAAGUUUAAAGACUAUGAGGUAUUUUGAUCUGUUUUUGUCAGAAAAUAGAUCUUCUUCUCUUUCAUUUUAAAGUCAAAAUUCAAAAUUGAAUUUUAAACUCAAUUAUAGUUCUAUUUUAAAUAUUAAAAAUUUUAGUUUGUGGAAUAAAAUUUCAAAUUUAUGUGUGCUCACUAUGGGGAACAAUCAUAACAUUUGUAUGCUAGACUAAAUAUAGAUAGUAAUUAUGGACUUUCUAUAAUAAAGUUUGAAUACUUUAUAUUCAUCUGGUUUUCUGAUUUUAUGUUGAGGUAGUCAUUACACAUGAAAAGAUAAUAAAGUUUAACCUACAUUUAAAUGAGAUCAAUAUUCAUACAUAUUGCCAUAGGUGUUAAAUAUUGGUUAUAGCCUAGACUCAGAAUAAAUUUGGAUUAUCAAAUAGAUUGGCAACACUGUUCAGUUAUCUUUAUAGGAAUUGAGCUGGAUUGGAAAAUCAGAUUUAAAUAAAGUAUAAUAACUUCUAUAUCACACAUGAUUGUAGUUGAUGCAACAAUAAAUGGAGGAAAAUUCAAAAUAUUUGUCAGUGUGUGUAUUUGUCAAUAUUAUCACACUAAAUGGUUUGAAGACCAAAAAUGGUCCAUCUGGCAGUCCAUAGAUUUGAUUUCAUUAAACUCUGCUUUAAACUUACCAUUUUAUUCAUAAAGAAGUUGAAACAUAAAAAUAUGUUCUACAAAAUUUAUAUUUUGCCUUUUUCUGUCAAUGACAAAUAUUACGAAUAAGACAGUUUAGUAUUUAUUCAGUGUGGUCCCAAAGAUAUCCUGAAACCUGACCUUCGACAAGUCACACAAAUUUCUUGUCACUGGUGUUAGUUUUGAUUUUUCCACCAUGAACGCGUCAAAUAUUUACAACUAUGAAAAGUUCAAAAUAAUUUUAGUGGUUUUAAAAACGAGAGUAUAUAGUCUACACAGUACGAUCUCAAAUUGUAAUGUUAAUAAGGCCUAUUUUACAUUGUUUUUAAGAGGACUACAAAUUAGAUUGAAUAUAGUAUUUAUCUUGAACAAUGUCACAAUAUAAGGUUGGCACGGCUUUUGUAGACUUGGGUCGUAACAUCCAAUUUUAUAGUUUUUAAAUCUCAUAAAGUAACUGAUAGGUUUUACAUAAAAUCGUCUGAAGGUUAUCAUAAUCAAUGCUUGACCUUUCUGUUUGUUUUGUUUUGAAACAAUCUUCAACUAUGUGAUUGAAGAGUUGUAUUCAAAGGCUGCACUCAAAUUGUAUUUUACGUCACCAGUCUACAAAUACCAUUAAGUAGAUGAGAAAAUGACAUCAAACUUCAUCAACAAUUAAGACUCUAAAUUUGUAAACACAAUCAUUACCAAAUUGUUCGUAGAAUGAUAAGCGUUGACAAAUUUAAACAAACCGUUUUUAUAUGCAGUUUUUGUACAUUGUAUAGAAUAUUUCUUAGGGUAAGAUACUCCGUAUUUGUAUAUUUUUAACGCUACUAUUCUGUUUUUGUUACAAGGGCUUUGUUUGUGUCAAUCAGUUUAAUUUUAUCACGUACCAUUUAUUUAAUUUGUGGCGAUUUUCAAAAUAUUUGUGUUAUUUUUUUGUCACACAUUUUUGUUUUGAAAUUUGGAUUUGUGAUAUGUAUUGCAUGAUUAAUUCAACAGAGCCAUUAUUAAUAUAACAUAAUGAUAACAAAACUAAUUUCGUGUGAACAAAGCAUAAUAAUUUAUCAAAUCGACAAUGACUAGAUUGACACAAGUCAGCUUGUUUAAAGAGUGACUGAGGUGCGUGUACGGUACGGUCGUCCGAUUUAUUUCAAUUAUAAUAUCGUUCCUAGUUGCCUGAAGUUUCUAGUCUUAAUGUCCUAUUUCGGGAAUUUAUCUCGCACCAAAUAUAGAAGGACCAUUUCUCAUAAACCACCUUAUGAUAGAACACUAUAUAGGGUUCAAAUUAGAAAUACCCUUUUUAUGGGAGUGAUAAAGGUUAAUAGUAAUUCCUAUCAGGCUUAUUGUUUAAAUCAGGAUUAGAUAUUUUGAAUAAAUCUGGCCCGACCAAUUUAGCAUAAGUAUAUUGUAACUGAGGAUUGUGAUAUAAUAUAAUCGUCUUAUAGCAAGACUUUUUGUAAGUUACAGGACACUUGCAUAUUAUAUAAAGCAUUAAUUGUUGACAUAAGUACUAUGGAAUAAUAGUGCAUACGUUUAACUAUAAGGCGAGGGGAAGCGCAUUUGUCUAUAGUCCAUUUUUAGGUACUGAAAUUAAAACAAUUUUGACAUGUAUUUUAUUUAAUAUAUGUAUACUUUACAAGUGCAACAUUGCGAAUGAAUAAUGUAUUUUAUAAUUGAUGUAAGUAUAUCAAUUAAAAAUUACUGACUUGUAUAAGUGUGUAUAUCAAGAUAUGUCUGGAUUGUUUAAUUUCCCGAUUUUUCUGUUUUCCAUGAAUUGAUACGUAUCAUAUGCUCUCCCACGACACAUCGAUUGACUAAAGUGAAAUAGCACAUCAUGCUUCUCACUCAUGUGAAUUGUACUAAAAGAGAAAGAGUUAUUAUGAUGCUCGUCAAAUUUUAAUGAAUUGAAAGCUAGGUUUCAUUUUGUCUUUAAAUUUGUGCAUUUUGACAAAUGCUUUGAAGAUUAAUCUUAAUUCUAAAAGCAUUUGAAAUUGAAUCAACAAGUGUCAAGGAAACUGAUUAUUUUAUCAGCCUGUUAAAAUUGAUAAUUAGAAUUAACUUCCUGCGUAACGUGUACGCUUUUUUGUAUGGAAUUGGGGGCUGGAUGCGACGAUUGCGUUACAAUUCCAUACAAAAAGCGCACGAGUUACACAGUAGCUGUGCAUCGGCCGUUAAAAACAGUAGCUUUAAUAUAGGCAUUUGCCCGCGCCUUCGCUCGCUUUAAUGCAAACCUCGGGAGUUUUCAGGAUUAUAUUUGACGACUCGUGUGCAUAAUAUCAUGAGUUGUUAACUAGUUAAUGCAUGAAAUCGUAACAAAGUCACAUUCGCUAUUAUAAUAAUAAAAGUUGCGAUGAACUGGGAUUAUGAAUAUGGAUUUGUUAUAAGAAACGGUUGUGCGGAAUAAAAGACGAAAGGCAUGCGUAGUAUUAGGCAUUUUUAUGCUGAAUAUAUCGUUGGAGACCCUGUAUACGUAGACUAUUAACACUACUCGAAACGAAGGAAUUUGUUUGGUACAUGGGUAUCCUUAAUUUUACAUUUAUGACUAGAAAAUAUUUAUAUUUUUACACUUGACCGACAAUACCCACGGUUUAGAUAUAGCUAUUUUAAGUUUUAUUUAUUGGGGAUCCACGAUCGGGUUUACGUAAAAAACAAUUUAUUAUUACAAUUAGUGAAAUUCAAAAGAUAUUGUUCGCGUUAAAACCUUGAAAAUUUGUAAAUAGUCUGUUCAUAUUUUGUGAACAAAUGUUUAGUGCCAAUUAACGUAUUUAUUGCUUCUGCUAGUUUUCGUAUGAUUAGGGGAGUGGCCUUUGUGGAGUACUAACUCAAGAAGAUAAGAUCAAAUAGGGUCGUUUUCAUUAGAAUAUUAUUAACUUUUUGCCAUAUUUUGUACGUUUCUGGAUUCCUGAAACUUUAUAAUUACUUAUACGAAAAUAUUGCCGUCUAAUAUAUUCUAAUGAAAUGAGACCAAAGGCAUAAUAGACUUCGCGUAAAAAGUGUGCCACAUUACUGUACGCCAUGAAAUAGGGACUUAACGGUAUCUUUUUGCUCGAAUGGUAACGAUCACAUAUAGCGCUGUGAUUCGCAUUUGUUUAAUUGCCCAGCUAGACGUUCUAAAAUGGAUGUCCUUAAAGAAUACAACAUAGAAACUACUGGAUAGGUGGCUAGCUGAUAUACUUACGUUACACACAUACAUAUCAACAUUAAUCAGCCAAUCAUAGACCGACACAUGUUCACGUCGCGCCAUUUUGUUGUAUUCCUUCCUUCUUGUUUUACUGUGAAGGGAAUUUGAACAAAAGUACUCGAAAUGACUAAUUUUAAGGCAAUGAGCUGAGGGCAAAGACAUGUCGAGGUUACAUCGCUGCAAUUCGCGCAGAAAAAAAUAUUAAAGGGAUUGGAAAGGUGUUGGUUACACUGAGUAAUAGAAUAUCGUUUUAUCAUACACUGUGUAACCUAUUUCAUUCUACAAUACAAACAUAAGUUUGAUGUAAAUUUACAAAUGUUUUGGUAUUCCUACCUUGUAACUGAAGAAUUUCACAGGGCGCCCAUUUAAAAUAUAUAUUUUUAUAUAUACCUAAUUGGGAAAUGGGAUUUGAUUGUGAUUAUUAUAUAUCAGACAAGACCCGGAAAAA